AUGGUGGAAAAGGAUGGUUGUAAUUCUUCUUUGACAGCCAUCAGGGUUCUAAGAGUUUCUCUCGUGGAUGAACUUGAAGGACAGAUUGACUCUCUGCUGGAAAUCUUGGUAAGUCAAGAGCUGUUCACUCGUGAUGACCGUGAGGAGGUUGUGUGUGAGCUGGGGCCCAGGGCAAGAGUAAGAAAGGUGUUAGACAUCCUGGGGUGUAAAGGCGAGGAAGCAGCAAAGAUUUUUCUCUCAAUUAGCAGCAAUCGUCAGGAAGAGGCAGAGAAAUUCUCCAAAGGCAACAAAGCGCAGCUUCAGUCAAAAGAGUAUAACAAAGUCAAACAGAAGCAUAAAGAUGUCCUACGGCGCCGGAGUGAGAGCAUGCUCUUCUACAACACCAGACACGGAGAGAAAAUCCUUUUCUCCGAACAUUAUGUCAACCUCUUGUUAGUUGACGGACACCAGGGCUUGGAUAUAAAAAGACACGAGAUGCUAACAUUUGGACAAAAGCGACUCUCUUUACAGCAGAAGACAGCAGUGCAUAGAAAAAUCGCACCAGGAGAACUCUUUUCACAUGCAACUGAGAAUCGUCCAGUCAAGAAAGUCCUAGUAACAGGGGUAGCAGGGAUAGGGAAAACCAUCCUCGUGCAAAAGAUGUUGUUUGAUUUUGGAGCAAACAAGAACUGUAAUGCGUUUGACUUUGUCAUCCAUUUGACUUUCCGUGACCUGAAUCUAAUCGACAAACCUACAAGCUUCCAGGAGUUGGUUUUGCGUAAAAACAGGCACCUAGCUAAAGAACUUGAUAACAUUUUAGCUAACGAAGAAAAACUACUGAUCAUUUUGGAUGGCUUUGAUGAGUUCAGGCACUACAGGAGCUGUGAUGUAGAUGUUUUCGUGACCGAGCCCGAUGAAGAGGCAGAUGUAGUGGAGAUCUUUGGAAGUUUGAUGUUAGGCGAACUGUUGCCCUAUGCUUCUAUCUUGCUCACAAGUCGACCUGCAGCUAUCAACCACAUCCCUGUUGGAUGCAUUGACCGUUUCGUGCUCAUUUCUGGCUUCUCCUUGGUCGAAGUUCAAGACUUUUUUGUUCGUUACUUCCAAGAUAGAGCUCUUGCAGACCGCAUGUUCGCCGUUGUAUCAGCUAACGAUUUAAUGCUAACAUUGUGCUACAUACCUGCGUUUUGCUACAUUGUGUGCUGUAUCCUCAAAGAAAGCAAAGACCUCAGUGGACAGAGCCCCAAGACCAUGACGGAUAUUUACGUGCAGUAUUUGGUGGCUUUGCUUCGCUCUCACACUCAAGCAAGAGCUGAGACAUUUCUUCAGGAGCAAAAAGCGGAGGCUGAUCAACUGUUAUCUGAUAUUGUGCUGAAGUUGGGUCGACUUGCCUUUCAGAAGCUGAUGGAGCAUCAAACACUUUUCUACAGCAGCGACCGUGACGUAGCAGCUUUAAAGGGAUGCAGCCUUGUAAGUACCUUCCUUGACAAGACAGUGGCACAAGAGCCCGGCUGUACUGAAGAGGUUUAUUCUUUUGCACACCUCACCAUUCAAGAAUUCUUUGCUGCAGUGUACUGCGCAGUGACAGAUCAACCUUUACCUGAUGCACUUCAGAACACCACAAGUCCUGCAGAGGGGUCCAACUACGGACAUUUGGACCUUUUUAACCGCUUCCUGUCUGGAAUCCUCUCUGAACGUAAUGCUAACCUUCUGUCGAGGCAGGUGGGGCUGUGCUGCCAAGAAGAAAAGGUGGAAACCUAUCGUCAAAGGAUCAUCACAGAACUUACAAUGGACUGUGAAAAUGGGGCCCAUAUCCUCAACCAUUUACACUGCCUGUUUGAGCAGCAGGACCCCUCUCUGGCCCUGGCUGUACAACCAAAAACACUGCGAAUUAAUGUCAGUGAUGAAACACUCUCCCAAAUGGACUACAAUGUCAUCAAGUACUUCGUAAACCUGACAAAGGGCAUGAUAACAGAGCUGGAUCUGACAGGGACUGGAGUAAACUGUGAAGCACUGAGUGGUAUUCAGCCACUGCUGCUCAGAUGUCAGAGUCUUUGGCUUGGAGAAAACAGCCUUGACAUGGAUGCAGCCCAGGUCAUUGCUGAUGUGUUGCAAGUGUCAGAGACUAUAACCCAUCUCGGACUUGGCUGGUCAAACAUUGGGGAUGAUGAACUGCUUGCACUCUCUAAUGCCAUACGGAUGAAAAAAAAGCUUGAAGAAUUGUGGAUGGAGGGAAAUCGACUGAGCUACAGAGGUCUGCUGUCACUCUGUGACCUGACCCCACACCCUUUGAAAAGAGUUGUAGCCAUAUGGAAUGACCUGACUGACACCAAUCCAGAGUCCUUGAGCAGUAAAGAGAGUGUGACUGUGGAUUUCACAGAUGAUGACAUGUGGGAAGCAUGGGGGCAGUGGGUGCUGAAAAGGUGUGAGGUCAGCAGCAAUGAGAAGUUAGUGACGGUACUCCACAAAGUGUGCAACGUGUCAGCCCACUGCUUGGAGGCCAAGUGGGCGAAAAGCUUUUACACGCAACUGUUGCAGCUCAUCAGUGGCAGGAUUGAGAGCUGCACUGAGGACGACAUGUGCAAGAAGCUGAGAAAGUUUAAAAGCCUUUUGGACCUCUGACAGACAACUCAACACUUACCUCAACUCAUACGCUAUAAAAUACAAGUAAAGUUGUUUGAUGCUAAA